AUGGAGAGGUACCAGAUUCCAAUAACUUUUCUACCACGAGCCACAACGCAAGGUCUCGACCCCUCGACCCUGGGAGCAAAGGAGGUGCAGCCUUCAACAAAAUAUGAUAAAAAUCUAUCCCAACCCCCAAAGUUCCAGGAGAGACAGAGUAUCAUGAGAGAAAGAGAAAAUGCCCUCAGCUUGGCUGCAGUAUGGCAGGAGCCUUUUUGGCUGUACUUUAAGAAAAUUAAACAUAAGUACCUGCGUAGCUCUCAGCUCAUGAACUUUCGACGAUACUGGAAGUUCUUUCACAUGUGGCUGCAGCCAGAGAAUCACAGCAAGGAAGAAAUGAUUUCCCUCCUAGUUCUGGAGCAAUUUAUGAGGGAAGGGCACUGCCAAGACAGGCCUGCUUUGAGGGAGAAAUGGAAUUCAAAUGGUAGAAACAUGAGCAAAUUCAUGGAAGACCUAAACAAUCAUCUCUCACAGCCAGCUGGUUAUGUCCGCGUCAGGAUGCAGGGACAGGAACUCUGGUUUUCAGAAGAUGCAACUUUGGAUGAUGUUAUUGCUGCCUUCAAAAAUCAACAAUCUGCAGAGACUCCAAGAGAUAAUAACUCAGGGAUUCCCUUGCAGACUCCUGAAGAUCUUCCUGCACAAACAGGACAAGGAGAAUAUGAUGAUGACAAUGGUGCAGUUUCUCAUCUGACAACCCAAGAAAACAACAGUACCAGUACAGACAACCAAGAACUUGUUCUACAUAUAAUCCCAGAAGAAAGCUUGCCCACACCUGAAGUGGGAGGUCCUGUUGCAGACAAUCCAGAAGAUGCCAGAAGAGCUGAUGCAGUUUAUCAAGCCUGA